AGACUUCCGGGUUGGUCGGUGUUUACUUCGCCGCUGUGUCUGUUUCUGCGCCUUAAAUCAGGUAAAAUCACGGCGAUUCUGCUUCGCUUUCACUCGGAUUCUGUUUCUCUGCGGACGUCUUCUCAGCAGCUGAGCUCAGUGUUGUGUGCAGCAGCAUGAACGUCUCGGACAGCGAUGACGACAUCUACAACGAGAGGACAGCGUUGGUUCCGUCGGAGAACCCGGUGCUGCCGUCCUACAGACCAGACUCUGACGUCGGCCUCCAGAACGACUCGCCAACCAAACGGCCGGCGGCCGGCAGGAGGACAGGUCCGUCCACCGUGGACGGCGGCGGCUCGGAUCAGGAGGUGGAUGCCGACGACGAGGAGCUGACUCUGAAGUACGGAGCCAAACACGUCAUCAUGCUGUUCAUCCCCGUCACGCUGUGCAUGGCCGUGGUGGUCGCCACCAUCAAGUCGGUCAGCUUCUACACGGAGAAGACGGACCAGCAGCUGAUCUACACACCGUUCACCGAGAACACGGCGUCCGUCGGCCGCCGGCUGCUCAACUCCGUCCUCAACACCAUCAUCAUGAUCAGCGUCAUUGUGGUCAUGACCAUUUUUCUGGUGGUCCUCUACAAGUACCGCUGCUACAAGUUCAUCCACGGUUGGCUCAUCCUGUCCUCCCUCAUGCUGCUCUUCUGGUUCAGCUUCAUGUACCUGGGCGAGGUGUUUAAGACCUACAACCUGGCAGUGGACUACCCGACGGUGGGCGUGAUCAUCUGGAACUUCGGGGCAGUGGGGAUGAUCUGCAUCCACUGGAAGGGCCCCCUGCAGCUGCAGCAGGCCUACCUGAUCCUCAUCAGUGCCCUCAUGGCCCUGGUCUUCAUCAAGUACCUGCCUGAGUGGUCGGCCUGGGUCAUCCUGGGAGCCAUCUCCAUCUAUGACCUGGUGGCCGUGCUGAGUCCUAAAGGCCCUCUCAGGAUGUUGGUGGAAACGGCUCAGGAGCGGAACGAGCCCAUCUUCCCGGCGCUCAUCUACUCCUCUGCCAUGAUGUGGACGGUGGGGAUGGCGAGUCCGGCCGACGCUCGGCGCUCUGAAACAGAUGAGGAGGCGGAGCCAAGCGGCGGGGGGGCGGAGCCUCCGAGCCGACGGUCCGGGUCGCUGCCGGAGGACGAGCCGGAGGAGGACCGAGGAGUGAAGCUCGGCCUUGGAGACUUCAUCUUCUACAGCGUCCUGGUGGGGAAGGCCGCUGCCACCGGGGGGGACUGGAACACCACCAUCGCCUGCUUCGUAGCCAUCCUCAUCGGUCUAUGUCUCACCUUGCUGCUGCUGGCCAUCUUUAAGAAAGCUCUCCCGGCGCUGCCCAUCUCCAUCACCUUUGGUCUGGUCUUCUACUUCUCCACUGACUUCCUGGUUCAGCCGUUCAUGGACAACCUGGCUGCUCACCAGUUCUACAUCUGAGACAAGCCCCACACAUCCCACCUGUUGAAGCCCCACCCACUUCACCUGACCGUUCACCAGUUCUACGUCUGAGACAAGGCCCGCUCAUCUCACCUUCCUCCUCAUGGUCCCGCCCCCUCCUGCUGAUGUCACAGAGGAGGCAGGUGUAGGCGUGGCUUGAGCUCAGGUGAGUCUGGGUCACCUGCUGGCUGACAGUUUGAAGGAGCAGCACGGUGGACUGUGAUUGGCCGACGCUGCUGUCAGUCGUGUCUGUCACUGUUCCUGGACCUUCAGGUGACGUAGAAACCCCCCCCCCCACCCCCCCCUUACCUGAGCUCUGCCAGAUGUUUUUAGACGUCAGACUUUAUUUCCAUCUUCAGAACAUCUGGAGACAUUUGAAGGUUCAGAAACGGUUUCAUCAAGUCACAGUCAUUCAGUGGAUCAGCAGAGGAGGAAUUUAGAAUCAGAACAAAGCUCAAAGACCUCCAACCAGCCUGGUCCAGUGUCUAUCUAUGGAUGGAUCCAUGUUUCUAGUAAAAUCCAGUCUCUGGUCCACAUUUGUCCAACCGUGGAGGCUCUACCAUCAGUAGAAGCAGAUGUUUCCUCCAUCCUUAAGGAUCAGUUCGUGUCCUGUCUGAUCUUUCCUGGACGUUCCUGAACCUUCAAACAGCUUCACGGGUUCUUUAGAGGAUGAAAAUUCAAACGUUCACAGAUCUGAAAACAUGAGAUUUUCUAAAUUCAUCCAAAGACAUUUGACAGAACAAGUGAAUCUCCUCGUCUUUUAAUUAGUUCAGGAGACUCUGAUCUCACAGAAACGUCAGUCGUCUCUGAAGAACCUUUAAGUUCUUGUUGAUCUGAGCUGAGACUCACUGAGGAUCAUCUAAAGUCCUGCAGCUCUGUGGAACCAGAAGAACAUGAAGAGAGAACGAUGGAGAUGUCUUCUAGAUGUUAAACAUGGAGAUAGAAAAACAUCUACAGGAUGAGGAGCUUCAGGAGGAACGUCCUCUAGAACCUCCAGCUGGUUCCUAAUGAAGCUCCGACUAUUCAGAGCGUUUUGGAGUAAUUCUGGAGAAUGUUUUGUAAUUUCAGAUCAGGUUCAUGUCAUUUAGGACCAUUUCUGAACCGUUUUCACAAGUUUUGAGUCAUUUACUGAUGAAGUCCAACUUAUUCUGGAUAAUCUUUCAUCAUUCUAGACGAGGUUUGUGUCAUUUUAGAUGAUUUUGUCCUCUUAAGCAAAUUUGAGUAAUUUGGGACACAUCUUUCCACUUUAAAGAAGUUUUCAAUGAUUUUUUGAUCAUUUUGAGUUAGUUUUGAUGGAUUUUUGUGAUUUCAGACGAGUUUCAGUCAUUUAGAACAAAAAGUCACUUCAUCAGUUUUUGGCCGAGUUUCUGUCAUUUUAAACAACUUUCACUUAAUUACGACUCAUUUUUAUGACUUUAAACAAACCAGAAGUUCUCUGAGUUCUGCUUCAUGACGUUCUGGUUCCACAGAGCUUUAAAAUGAACCUCAGUGAGUUAAACUGUAGAGAACUGAAAGGUUUAAACUCUAACAUCACAGCAGAUCAGCUGUGGAUUCAUCACAUCCUCCAGAAAUACUUAAAGGAGCUUCAUCAGCUGUAGAAAAAUACCGUUAGAUUUUCUCUGUGAUAACUUUAAGCUGUCGACGUUCUGCAGCGAGCAGAAGAAUAAAAUGAUUCUACUGAA